AAAAUGAGAUGUUUGAAUUGAAUUUUGAAAAUUCGUAUUUCGUGUCCACAAGAAUCUCCCUCGUCCCUCCUCGCAACACUUGAUGGCUCCACCUCCAACCAGAGGUGAUAAGAAAGAAAUAAACUGAUAACAAAUUUGCUGCAACUCUGUAAUGUAAACUUGUUCGCUUAUUAUUUUGAAAAAAAUAGUCAAUCUUGAAUUUCCAAUCAAUUGAUGGAUAAAGAUGAAACACCAGCUGCUGUACUGGAUAGCUCAGAGUUACGAGAUCACUUAAGAAUACAACUAGAAGAAAUAGAAGUUUUACAAGCUGUGUACUACAAAGACGACGAAUUCGUAAUCGAUAAGGAUAUUUUAUCCGAGAUUGAUAAUUAUGUCAACGAACUAUCAUCCCGUGUUCCUUCGCUGAUAGAUUUUACCAUCAAUAUAAAGCUGGACAAUGUUUCACUGGAAUUUCUGGUCACUUUACCUCGAACAUAUCCAAAUACCGUGCCUCAAAUCAUCGUUAGAAGUAAUCAAUUGAAUCGAUAUCAGCAGAAUGAUCUGAACGAAGGUUUAAAUCAAUACAUUACGAGUUUAGAUCGUGGUAUGAUUUGUAUGUGUGAAAGUAUCUGCUGGGUUACCGAUAAUUUACAAAAAUAUUACGACGAUAAAAAGAACGAACCUCAGAGCUCUCAAUCCGAACAGAAAGUAGUCUUUUCAAGAUUCUGGAUUUAUUCUCAUCAUAUUUACUCGAAAGAGAAACGAAGAAAUAUUCUGUCCUUAGCUCAAGAUCAUCAUAUCACUGGAUUCGCAUUGGUAGGGAAACCUGGAGUUAUUUGCGGCGAAGGAUUGGCAACCGAUUGUGAAGAAUGGUGGAAACAUAUUAAAAGAUGGACUUGGAAGAAAAUAAUGUGUAAGAAAAAAGAAGAGUUUGAAGUAUCUUUCGAUGAGCGUCAUUCGAUGAGAAAAUUUCCAGAUUUUUCGGAAAUUAAUUUUCAAUCGAAUAAAAACAAUGUUCGUGAAGGCCAUACAGAUAUGGGAGAAUUUAAUCGUUAUUUAGUGGAUCACGAAUGUGGGUAUGCAUUUAAGGAUUGCUUCGGUAUUGAAGGUAAACUUUCUAAUUCGUGAAAUUGUUUUGUAUAUUUUUAUUACGUUUUUGUUACCUAAUUUUGUUACUAUAAAAUGAUCGAAAAAUAUAAGUUUUGUUUUUAAAAAUU